ACCGUUUGUUGCUGGUGGUGGUGGCUCGGAGCCGCUGGGUCAUCGUGUCACGUCAUUGUGCUGGUCAUGCGAACACCAAAAUGAAAGAUUGGAUUUUGGAUCCUUCACUCCAAAGUCACAAGUCACAACACAAAAAGAAAGCAAAAGACACAAUACUAAAAGAAGACAAGCAAGAGCUGUCUACAUUAGCAACCGUACAACUAGUAAUUAAAACAAGAAACAAAAAACAAGAUGCCGAAAAGCGAAGAAGAGCUCCGCAAGGAGCAAGAAGAAGCCAAGAAGCAACUGGAUCAAAUGUUUGCCCAGUCUCGGCCCAAGAAUCUUCCCGAAGGUCUUGGAAAAGGUGUCAGCAACAUUGUUGGAGGAGCCGUAGGUGGUGCUGGAAUUGCAGUCUUGGCACCCACGGCAGGCUUGGCCAUGGGAUUGCAGAAUGGUGGGUUGAUCGGAGGUGUUUUCGGUGUGGCCGGUGGUGCCGUGGUGGGUGUGCUGGGAGCGGCGGCGAUUGUGGUCAGUGGCACGGUCACUGGAGUCACACAAAUCAUUCGCGGUGUCGCGGCGGUCCCCUCAUCCAUCACGGCACCUCGUCAAGGAAAAUGGUGGAACGAGGCAUCUCAUAAAUGGAUUGCCACGGAUCUACCCAAGGAAAUUGCCGAGGUUCCGGCCAACGAUGAUGAUUUGCUCAAGCAUUUGGAAGAUGAAUUAGAUGCCGCUGGAAAGAAAUCUGAAGGAGCUGGUGGAGAAGUCAAGGAAACCUUUUACUACGAUGUCUUGGAGGUGGAUCCCAAAGCCGAAGCAGGUGCCAUUAAACGCCAAUACUACAAACUCGCCCGUGUCUAUCACCCUGAUAAAUGUCCGGGAGAUGAGGCGGCCGCCAACAAAUUCAAGGACGUGGCAGAAGCCUACCAAGUCUUGAGUGACCCCACACUACGGGCCAAAUACGAUACCGAAGGAAAAGAUGCCUUGUCCGGCGACAAAACAUCCGUCGAUGGUAGUGGCCAGCCCGACCCAUCUCUCUUGUUGGCAUUUCUGUUUGGAUCGGAUCGGUUCAAUGACUAUUACGGUCGCCUUGCUACCAGUACGUCGGCCAUGUUGGGAGAUUCACCCAAACUCUCCAUGGAACAGGCUCGAACGUUGCAGGAACGUCGUUGUACAAGAUUGGCAGCGAAAUUGGCCGCCAAGAUCCAGCCGUGGGUGGCAGAAGAUUUCGAAGCUUGCAAAGUCAUGUGGCAAACCGAAGCCGAAGAUUUGUGCACGGCCAAUUAUGGUUGGGAGCUGGUGCAAUUGCUGGGAAUGGCCUACGAAGUUUCCGCCGAGCAAUUCUUGGGUUCCAUGGAUUCUGGAAUUGGUUUGCCAUCCAUUGGGAAAUGGGCCACCGGCCAAAAGGCCAAAUCCAAAAGGUCCAGAGCUGCUCAAAAGAAUCAAAUGGAAAUGCUCAUGGCCACAAUGGAUGCCAUGAAGGUACAGGCAGAAUUCCAAAAGAAAAUGGCAGAGGCAAAGAAUGACGGCGAAAAGAUGAAGUUGCAAAAGGAAAUGGAGGUUGCCUCUCAAAACACAAUGCUUAAAAUCAUCUGGAGUACCACGGCUGUUGACAUUACUGCGACCAUUCAUGAAACUUGCCAAAUGGUCUUUUUUGAUCAAUCGGUCGACAAGGACUGCCACAAACGACGAGCCCACGCUGUCAAGAAUUUGGGACAAAUCUUUCAAGCCUGCCCAGAACCACCAGUUCCUGAAGGAGGCAAGAAAGACGCUCGCACGCUGUUCGAAGAAGCGGCUCUUGAGGCAACCGUGGAAACCAUGAAACGAAAGGACGAGUCUCAGUACAACGCCUCUUUUAGAAAAUAAACAUCCAGUAGUGUUGUCUAUGCCUCUCUUUCUAUAAAUUUAAUUGUAUAUGUAACUAUGCUGGUUCCGUUGUC